GGCUAGUUAGACUUCGUUCAAGUCCAUUUCCUAAGCUUCAGGGGACAGAGUAUGUGCUUAAUAUCACAGCUACUGAUGAUAACACCUCUGGAGGACCCCAUUCUCUUACAAGUACUGCCCAGGUUGUUGUGAAAAUUGAUGAUGUCAACAACAACAAACCUGUCUUUCCAAAGUGUCAGUACUAUCAGGAACAUGCUUCUGUACUGGAAAACCAGCCUUCAGGGACAGUUGUGUUGAAGGUUGAAGCCACUGAUGCUGAUGAGGGAGCCAAUGGUGUAGUGAAAUAUGGCUUGAUGCACAGAAGUGGUGUCCUACCAGCAUUUAGUAUUCAUCCUGACACAGGGGUUCUAACAACUGUUCAGGUAUUGGAUCGAGAAAAACAGAGGGAAUAUCCCAUCAGUGUGACAGCAACAGAUCAGGCAGCGGAACCACUCAUUGGAAUAUGCCAGAUAAAUAUUCUCGUCCUGGACCAAAAUGACAAUGACCCCAGAUUUGAAAACACCCACUAUGAAUAUUUCCUAAAAGAGGACACAAGAGUUGGGACCAGUUUUCUUCGUGUUGCAGCCCGUGAUGAUGACUACAGCUCAAAUGCUGCCAUUACAUAUUCAUUAGCAAAUGAAGAACCAAAUUAUUUACAAAUUGAUCCUACUACAGGCUGGGUGUUUGUGAACCAGCCCAUUUCUCAGGUGUCUUCCAUAAUUCAAGAGAUCAUUGCUACGGAUGGAGGCAAUAGGAGCAGUAAAGUUGAACUUGUAGUAACUGUUACCAGUGCAAAAAACCAGCCUCCACAGUGGGAAAGAGAGAGCUAUGAGGUUGUUAUUCCAGAGAAUACUGCACGAGAUGUGUCAGUUUUGACUGUCAAAGCAACUUCUCCCCUCGGUGAUCCCCGUGUGACUUACAGCCUAGAAGAGGGACUCGUUCCAGAGACCAACAUGCCAGUUCAUUUCUGCCUGACUCCAAACAGACACGAUGGUUCUGCUUCAAUCCUGGUAGCUGAGCCCCUAGAUUAUGAAACAACAAAGAGCUUUCUGCUGCGGGUUCGAGCACAGAACGUUGCUGCAGCUCCACUGGCAGCAUUCACUACAGUCUAUAUUAAUAUAACAGAUGUCAAUGACAAUGUCCCAUUCUUCACUUCAUCUAUUUAUGAAGCCUCAGUAACAGAGGGAGCUGAUGUGGGGACAUUUGUCGUUCAGGUGUCUGCCACCGACCUUGACCUUGGUCAAAAUGGUGAGAUAACUUACUCCUUGUUACACGACAGUGGCAGCGACUACACAUAUUUUCACUUGGACUCAGAGACAGGCUCAAUAUACACUGCCUCAGUAUUUGAUAGAGAGGAGAAGGGGUCCUAUCUUCUAGAAGUCAAGGCAGUAGAUGGCUCUGAAUCAGCUCGACCUGGAAAACAUGGGAAGCCAAACUCUGACACAGCCUACGUGUGCGUUUUUAUCAGUGACGUGAAUGAUAACAAGCCUGUCUUUACUCAGAGUGUCUAUGAAGUAAAUGUGGAUGAAGACCAGGAUGUGGGCACGACUAUCAUUAGAGUCAGUGCUAAUGAUGAAGACGAAGGAACAAAUGCUAAACUGCGCUAUCAGAUCACAGCUGGAAACAUGGGAGGAGUACUUGAUGUAGACCCAGAAACUGGAGCCAUUUUUAUUACCCAGCUACUGGAUUAUGAAGAAACAAAAAUGUAUGAGAUUCACUUGUUGGCCUCUGAUGGGAAAUGGGAAGAUUAUGCUGUUAUCAUCAUCAAUGUCAUGAAUAAAAAUGAUGAGACUCCAGUUUUCUCUACCAGUGAAUACUAUGGAAGUAUAAUUGAGGAACUGGAUGGGUUACCCAUCUUUGUACUUCAGGUUAUGGCAAACGACCCCGAUAGUAGUGUGGAGGAAGGAGACGUGAGGUACUCGUUGCACGGGCACGGUGCAGCUGAUGCUUUCACGAUAGACGAGAAAACGGGCAGCAUCUACUCACACAGGAUGCUGGAUCGGGAGGAGAGGGCACUGUGGAGAUUUGUUGUAUUGGCUACUGAUGAGGGUGGAGAAGGACUUACAGGGUUUGCUGAUGUGAUGAUUAACGUGUGGGAUAUAAACGACAAUGCACCCCUGUUCACGUGCAUGCCUGAUGAUUGCAGAGGGAGUGUUUUCGAAAAUUCUCCUGCAGACACGUUGGUCAUGGAAAUGGGUGCAGUUGAUCGUGACGAUCCAAAUGUAGGUCUGAAUGCUGUCCUGACCUACAGGAUAACAGAGAAUGUAAAAAAUGAAUUUGGCACUGACAUGUUUAAUAUCAAUCCCGAUACUGGUACAAUCCAUGUAGCGGAGGGAAUGCUAGACAGAGAGAGGACUGACAAUUAUUUUCUUACUGUUGAAGCAAGAGAUGGGGGAGGGCUAACAGGAACUGGCACUGCCACUAUCUGGAUUGCAGAUGUCAAUGAUCAUGUACCUAAAUUCACAAAAAAGAUGUGGCAGGCAACAGUUCCUGAAAACAGUGCCAUCGACUCAGAAGUUCUGCAGGUGUGCGCUACAGAUGGAGAUAUUGGGGAGAACGCAGAAUUAAUGUUCAGUAUUAUUAGGGGAGACCCAGAUCAGAAGUUUUACAUUGAGAAUGACACAGAAUGGCAAUGUGCCACUAUUCGACUGAAAAAAACCCUGGAUUUUGAGAAUCCCCAUGAAAGGCAGUUUAAUCUUACUGUUGCAGUGGAAGAUCCUGAUUUUUCUAGUGUUGCAGUGUGCCUGAUCGAAGUUGAAGACUCUAAUGACCACAGCCCAGUUUUCCUUUCUCAGUUCGUUCAGACAAGCCCUUUCUUUGAAAAUGUGCCUGUAGGUACUACAGUCACUACCGUGAGAGCUACAGACAAGGAUUCUGGUUUGAAUGGGAACAUAGUCUAUUCUGUCAGGUCAGAUUCGGAUCCUAUGGGACAGUUUGCGGUUGACCGACACGGCCACGUGACUGUGGCCAAUACACUAGAUCGUGAAGUCAUUCACAAGUACAGUUUAAUUGUACAAGCUUCAGAUCAAGGGACACCUGCCCACACUGGAAGCGUGACCGUUCUGAUUAACUUGCUUGAUGUUAAUGACAACGGGCCAAGGUUUGAGGCACCAUACAUGCCUGUAGUUUGGGAAAAUACAUUGAGGCCUGAGAUAGUGCCUAUGAACCACACAUCCAGACUGCUUCAUGCGUUUGAUCCGGACAGUGAGGAAAAUGGGCCACCCUUUACAUUUUCAUUGCCACCAGAUUAUCAGAGUUCUUUGGAUUUUUCUCUCACUGACAACAGAAAUAGCACAGCAACUGUAACUGCUUUGAGGUCCUUCGACAGAGAAGAGCAGAAGGUGUUUCAUCUGCCAGUAGUUAUAACAGACAGUGGGAUGCCAGCUAUGAGCUCUACAAGUACCCUGACUAUAACAAUUGGUGAUGAAAAUGACAAUUGCCAUCAGUCUGGCCAUAAGGAAGUCUAUGUGUACAGUUACAAAGGAAAAUGGUCAACAACAGUGCUUGGGGAGGUGUUUGCACCAGAUCAAGAUGACUGGGACAAUAAAACAUUUGUCUCUGAAGGAAAACUGCUCGAGUCUCUCAGAUUAAAUAAGAGGACUGGUUCUUUGAUGAUGGUGGAUAACACUCCUCAAGGAAUAUAUAACUUAAAAAUUAGAAUUUCUGAUGGAGUUUGUCCUGAUGUUAUAUCUACAGUACAAAUCAAUGUCAAAGAGCUGGAAAAUGAAGCCAUACAAAACUCGGCCUCUGUGCGUCUCUCAGAUGUCACAGCGGAGGAGUUCAUAAGGAGAGGUGAAGAUGGCAAAACGAGACAUGACAAGUUCAAGGAGCUACUAGCAAAAAUGUUACCUGCUGAGCUUAGUGAUGUCAUUGUCUUCAGCGUGAUGGACGUUGAUGGGAAACAGACAGAUGUAAGAUUUGCUGUCCAGGAUGGUUCAGCAUAUUACAGACCUGAGAAGCUGCAUGCUGAGAUGGCAGCCUUUAAAGAAGAGAUCCAGUCAGCUUUACAACUGCCCAUUUCUCAGAUCGAUGUGGAUGAGUGUGUGAACACGAACUGCAGCGAGGGCAGUGGCUGUGCAAACUACCUCACCCUGAGUGACAUCCCAGCAGUGGUGGAUGCUGGCAGCACGUCCUUUGUCUCAGUAACCCCCUCCAUCCGUGCAGUCUGCACCUGCUCAGCUAGGGACCACCUCCAUCAGUCCUGUUCCUCCUACCCUCAAAGCCCUUGCCUCAAUGGCGGGACGUGUAUUGACACUUCGAACGGUUACAGAUGUCUUUGCCCUGCUUCAUUCCAUGGACCAGACUGCCAGCAGACUAAGCACAGUUUCCAUGGAAAUGGUUAUGCAUGGUUUCGUCCCAUCAGGCCUUGUUUUGAAAGCUUGCUCUCUCUAGAGUUUAUUACUAUGGAUCCAGAUGGACUUCUACUAUAUAGCGGUCCUGUAUCAAAUCCAGAACCUGGGAGGAUAGAACACUUCAUUGCAAUAGAACUCUCCAGUGGAAUUCCUGUGCUGAAGAUGAGCCAUGGCUCAGGUUUUGUGAUGCUGCAGUUUCCAAGUCACGUGAAUGUAUCAGACAAAAAGUGGCAUCAUCUAGAAGUGAGAACCAAUGGUCAGGAUGUUCGAUUCAUUUUGGAUCACUGCAGUGCAGCUGUUGUUUCAGAACCAGAAGGAGUAGGCAAAUGGCUGUCUACUGAAGAUCGUACAAAUUGUGAAGUCUUCGGGUCUGUUCCACGAAGAGCAAGGUAUUUGAAUGUGAACUAUGUUCUACAGCUGGGUGGUGUGAAAGAGUCGUUACCAUAUUCUUAUCCACAACUGCAACACAAACACUUCUCUGGUUGUUUGCACAAUUUCAUCUUGGAUACUCAGGUGUAUGACCUUCAGUCUCCUGCAGAGUCUCUGAAUAGCUUCCCUGGCUGCACACUCACGGAUGGGAGCUGUGAGACCAUGGGGUCUCCUUCCUGUGGUAGUCACGGGAGGUGCCUUGGAGGCUGGGGCUCGUUUGCUUGCCACUGUUGGCCAGGUUACUACGGCGAUCGAUGCGAGAAAGUUGCCAAGGAGUAUACGUUUGGGCCAGGGAGCCACAUUCACUAUCAGCUGCCCGGCAGCCUGCCUGCCCGUAGGACACUGUUUGAGGCUGUGAUUAGGACCCGGCAGCCUGACAGUGUCAUCACCAGCAUGUCAUCUCGACAGAAGGAUGAACACAUCACCCUGCAGGUUGUUCAGGGAUUCUUGGUGGUCUCAUAUAAUCUGGGGGAUGGAGACUAUUCUGUAAGCCUUCCCUCCUACCACGUUGAUAAUGGUGAGUGGCAUCACAUCACACUGGAGAGACAUGAGAAUGAAUUUACUCUUCGCCUUUAUGAAGGAGGUGGGAGGAGAGAAAUUGUGAAAGCAGCAGGAGUAUACAAAGAGAUUGUGAUUGACCCCAGCAGCUUGGUCCUUGGGAACACCUACCCAUUCAAUCAAAACAAGAGUUUUCAAG